AUGAAUGGCCCGAACAUGGAGGAGAUGCCACUGGAACGAGUCAAGACCCGGAGGAGGAGGGGUCGCUGCCCGGCCGGGACCCCCCGCGGCGACGAGUUCUCCAGCCCGGAGCUGGAGGCUCUGUUCCAGGGCUACAACCUGAAGCUGGAGCAGACCUCCACCCUCAAGGCGCUGGCGGUGCUCAUCGUGGCCGCCUCGUCCCUGUCCCUGGUGGAGCUGCUGUCCUCGUCCCGCCUCACCUUGUCCAAGGGCUCGUACCCGGUGCACUGCGUGGUCUUCCUCUCGCUCUUCAUCGUCACCAACGUCAAGUACCUGCAGGUGACGCAGCUGCAGCAGAUCGCGAAGCUGGCGCUGCUCUUCAGCUUCACCUUCGCGCUGCUGUGCUGCCCCUUCCCGCUGGCGCUGGGCACGGAGCCGCUGAGCGCUGCCGCGGCCCCCGAGCAAGGCGUGUGGCAGCUCAUGCUGGUCACGCUGGUGGCCUACGUGCUGCUUCCGGUCCGGACCCUGAUGGCGGUGCUGUUCGGGGUCAUGCUGGCCGCGUCCCACUUCAUCGUGUUGGCCACGUCGGUGACCGGGAGGAGACAGAAGCUGUGGAGGCCGCUGGUGGCCAACGCCGUGCUGUUCACCAGCGUCAACUUGUCGGGGGUGUUUGUGAGGAUCCUCACCGAGCGCGCCCAGAGGAAAGUCUUCCUCCAAGCCCGCAACUGCAUCGAGGAGCGGCUGAAGCUGGAGGACGAGAAUGAGAAGCAGGAGCGUCUGCUAAUGAGUCUACUGCCCAGGAAUGUUGCCAUGGAGAUGAAGGAGGACUUCCUGAAGCCGCCUGAGAGAAUCUUUCACAAGAUCUACAUCCAACGUCAUGACAAUGUCAGCAUCCUGUUUGCAGACAUCGUGGGCUUCACCAGCCUGGCCUCUCAGUGCACCGCCCAGGAACUCGUCAAGCUGCUCAACGAACUCUUUGGGAAGUUUGAUGAACUGGCGACAGAGAACCACUGCAGGAGGAUAAAGAUCCUCGGCGACUGUUACUACUGUGUGUCCGGACUGACCCAGCCCAAGGCCGACCACGCCCACUGCUGCGUGGAGAUGGGCCUGGACAUGAUUGACACGAUAGCGUCGGUGGUGGAGGCGACCGAGGUGGAUCUGAACAUGCGUGUGGGUCUGCACACGGGACGCGUGCUGUGUGGCGUGCUGGGCCUCAGGAAGUGGCAGUACGACGUCUGGUCAAACGAUGUCACACUGGCCAACGUGAUGGAGGCCGGGGGGCUGCCGGGCAAGGUGCACAUCACCCGGACGACCCUGGAGUGCCUGAACGGAGACUACGAGGUGGAGCCGGGCUUCGGCCACGAGAGACACGCCUUCCUGCAGAAACACAACAUCGAGACGUUCUUCAUCGUGCCGUCCCACCGACGCAAAAUCUUUCCGGGUCUGAUUCUGUCGGACAUCAAACCGGCCAAGAGGAUGAAGUUCAAGACCGUGUGCUACCUGCUGGUGCAGCUCAUGCACUGUCGCAAGAUGUUCAAGGCCGAGAUCCCGUUCUCCAACGUGAUGACCUGCGACGACGACGACAAGCGGCGGGCCCUGAGGACGGCCUCGGAGAAGCUGAGGAACCGGACGUCCUUCUCGGCCACGGCCGUGCAGCUCUCCCCGGGGACUCGGGUCAACCGCUACAUUGGGCGGCUCAUCGAGGCCCGGCAGACCGAGUCCGAGACCACGGACCUGAACUACAUCACGCUGUUCUACAAGAGCCGGGACCGGGAGCGCACAUAUCACCAGGUGUAUGACGACCAUUUCAUCAGCGCUGUGGUUCUCUCUCUAAUCCUCGCUGCGCUGUUCGGCCUCAUCUAUCUGCUAAUGAUCCCACAGGGGAUGCUGGUGCUGCUGCUGCUGGUGCUGUGUGUGUGUUUCCAUGUGGCCUGUGUCAUGUAUCUGCAUCUCACCAGCGUUCAGUGCCAACCCGGCUGCCUCACCAUCCAGAUCCGAUCGGUUCUGUUCGUGUUCCUCGUCCUGCUCACCUACUCCGUCGUCCAGGCCUGUGUGGUGGGAUGUGUUCCUUGGGUGAAAGUGGCGUUGGUGAACUCCAGCCGCUCUGUGGACGCCGUCCCUGCCGACCCGAGCGGCGUGGAACCCUCCAACAGCACGGCGGCGGCGGAGAGAGCUUGCUCCAACAUGGCGUACGGUCUUCUCUCCUGCGUGGCCGGCACCCUCACCGUCGUGCCCUACCUCCGCGUGUCCUCGCUCCCCAAGAUCCUCCUGCUCCUCCUCCUCUCCGUCACCUACACUGUCGUCAUGGAGACCAGCGGCUACCGCCAAGCUGUGGGCGGCGGCUUCCUCCACACGAGAGGCUACGACCCCGUGUUGGCCGUCCUGUUGUUCUCCGGAGCUCUGGCUCUUCAUUCACGACAACUGGACCUGAAGCUGCGGCUCGAUUAUCUCUGGGCAACUCAGGCCGAGGAGGACAGGGACGACAUGGAGAAGGUGAAGCUGGACAACAAGAGGAUCCUGUUCAACCUGCUGCCGGCUCAUGUGGCUCAGCACUUCCUCAUGUCCAACCCCAGGAACAUGGACCUGUACUACCAGUCCUACGCUCAGGUCGGCGUUUUGUUCGCCUCCAUCGCCAACUUCAACGACUUCUACAUCGAGCUGGACGGGAACAACAUGGGAGUCGAGUGUCUGCGGCUCCUCAACGAGAUCAUCGCCGACUUCGACGAGCUGAUGGAUAAAGAGUGCUACAGGGACAUCGAGAAGAUCAAGACCAUCGGCAGCACGUACAUGGCUGCAGUCGGGCUGGUUCCUACGACUGCCUCCCAGCCAAAGAAGUCCGUCACCUCACAUUUAUGCACAGUGUCGGAUUUUGCCAUCGAGAUGUUUGACGUCCUGGACGCCAUCAACUACCAGUCUUACAACGACUUUGUCCUGAGAGUAGGUAUCAACGUGGGUCCGGUGGUUGCCGGGGUGAUCGGCGCCCGGCGGCCUCAGUACGACAUCUGGGGCAACACGGUGAACGUGGCGAGCAGGAUGGACAGCACCGGGGUUCAAGGGAAGAUCCAGGUGACCGAAGAGGUUUACCGCGUCCUCACCGACCACUAUGACUUCGUCUGCCGCGGCCAGGUCAGCGUGAAGGGCAAAGGUCAGAUGCUCACCUACAUCCUGGAGGGGCGGCGACAUGGCGGCCGGCCUCCUCAGACCCAGCUGCAGUUGCCCGGCAACCCGGACCGCCGGACGAGCGCGUUCUCCCACGGCAGCGUGUGCACCCGGCUGAGCCCCGCCCCCACCGUCGCCACCUACGCCACCAUCAGGACCCCCAACCCGGGCAUGGCCAAGCCCACCACCUCCACCAGCACCACCAGGUACCUGCCCUCUGUCGCCACGGCAAUGGUGUGA